AUGGAAGAUGGAGAAGUAGAGAAAUGCUCAAACUUCACGGCGGUGGCAGCACAUUCAUGGUGCGUCAUGACUGAGUCACUCAAGAUGGAAGCUGAUCAACUGACAAAGCUUGUUUUUCCCGUCGAUCUCCGGUUGAAAUUUAACCUGCCAUUACCGAAGGGGUACUUCGGCAAUGCCAUAAUUCAUCCAAGUUGUCUUUGCAGUGCCGGAGAAUUAAGGAGUAAGCCACUGUCGUUCACAGUUAAAUUGGUGCAAGAAGUAAUCAAGUCGGUGAUUGAAAAAUAUGCAAGAUCAGCUAUUGAUUAUCACAGGAGUGAAAAGAGUAAAUCCUUUGGCAACUUAUACUCUCUUAAGACUCUGUAUAUCUUCAAAGACUAG